AUGGCGCAGAACCCCUCAGCACCGACCUCAUCGCUGGAGCCGCCGAGUCUGCUGGUGGUGGGAGCAGGCCCGGUCGGUCUCGUCGCGGCGUGCGAGUUGCGGCGCCACGGGCUGCACGUGCGCGUCGUGGAGCGGAAUCGCGCGCCGUCGGAGCACUCCAAGGCGCUGGCGCUGCACGCGCGCACGCUCGAGAUCUUAUCCGCGCAUGACGGCGUCGUGGACGCUUUAAUCGCCGCGGGAACCAUAGUGGAGGGAAUUGAGGUCCGAACAGACGGACAUCUGGCGGCGUCGCUUGCUAUUUCCGAGUUAAACGGUGGCCCCGCCGGAGAUGACGGCAAACGGCACGGCAGGGACCACGGUAUGGCGCGCCGCGAGGAGCAAUCCGUGAAUUGCGGGGAUGACUCGAGGCCGAGUGUGUGGGCGACGCAGUUCCCGUUCGUGCUGAUGGUGCCGCAGAGCGACACGGAACGGAUUCUGGCGCGGUGCCUCAAGGACGUGUACGGGACGGACGUGGAGUGGCAGACGGAGCUUGUCAGAAUCCGUCAGGACCCGAGUGCAGUGCACGUGGAGCUUCGGCAUGCGCAUGGGCGCACAGGACAACGCCCCACUCCUGCCACACCAUCCCACUCCACAGCAGCAACUGCUGCAGCCACAGGCACAGGGACUGCAAACCGAGAGACGAGAAGAGAGACGGAUAGAGAGGAGUGGAGAGCGGUGGAGGAGGGUGGGACGGCGGAGGGCGAGGUAGAGGUGGCGGCGUUUGACCUGGUGUGUGCGUGUGACGGCCCGCACAGCACGUGCCGCCGCCAGCUGGGGCUCUCCUUCGACGGCCUGCAGUACCCCAUGCACGCGCUCCUUGCUGACGUGGCGCUUUCCCAUUGGCCGUUCCCGAGGAACAAGGGCCACGUGUUCACUCGAGGUAAACGUGUGGUGGCACCUGGUGUGGGGGGGAGAGGGGGAGGAGGGGGAGGGGGAGGUGUUUUAGUGGCUCUGCCAUUUGGGGUAAAUGGCUUGUGGCGGUUGAUCUUUGAUGAAGGGACGGCCAGGAGGUUUUCCCCGCCAGGGCUGAUUGACCAAACCGAGGCCCGCAGGCAAGGGAAGGGGAAGGCGGCGGAGGGAGGCGGGACAGAAGCAGGGGAAAGGACAGGGAGGGGAGGCGACAAGAGUGAGACUCCGUAUGUGGAGAUCCCAGCAGGGAUAUCAUCCUCAGUAGAUGUAUCUGACACCACAGAGGUCCCUCCACCAGCAUCAGACACCCCAUCAGCAUCAACAGCAGAAACCCUAUCCACAGCAGGAGUCACAUCCCCAGCGGUGGUAUCUGAGACGGCCCAUCAUGGUCCGGCCACCAUCCCUUCCGCCCCUCUUCCUUCCACUCCUCCUUCUGCUGCCUCUGCUUCUAGUCUUACCGCUGAUGGUUCUGGUGGUGACAGUGCUGAUACAGCACCGUCCUCUUCCCCAGUGACAGCUCAGCAGCCAGCAUUGACACCUCAGCACGUGUCCGCCAUGCUCAACGCCAUCGUGCCAUGUGGCGCCCACGUGGACAGCAUCCAUUGGUGCAGCGUCUUCAGCAUGCACCUGCGCUCCCUGAACCGCUUCCUCCAAUCCCGCGUCUUAUUCCUGGGUGACGCAGCCCACAUACACAGCCCUGUAGGCGGCCAGGGGCUUAACACUGGAGUGCAGGAUGCUUAUAACGCAGCAUGGAAAGUGGCUCUGGUGGGAAGGGGUAUCGCAGGGUGGGAGCUAUUAACUACGUAUGACACAGAGCGAAGGGCGGCUGUGGCACAGCGCCAGCAGCAGCAGCAGCAGCACCGGGGGCACGUGCACCAGAUGCCAUGCUGCUGCUGCUGCUGCCUCCCUCUCACCACACCCACACUUCAGUGUCACACGCCACUCGCUACAGUCGCACUGCGGCAUCACAUGCUUCCCCUCCGUCCAGUCGUGGUGGUGGCAGCAGCAUCCGGAGGGCUGAAGGCAUAG